GCACGUCGCGUCUCCCGCAGGGGCCACAACACGCAGUCCUGCCGUGAGCACUGAGCAGCGAGCAGCCCACUGCAGCCUGCAGACACAAUCCCUGUUCCUCUCUGAGAAGCUGCCAGCUUCUUUGCAUCCCAUUCCUUUUUUUUUAUAAUAAUUGCUGGCAGGCGCCCUCUUCGAUGCGCAUUUGUCCGCCAACAACCGCCUUUGUUAAUGUAGACGCGCUUGGUGCUAGCGCGUCGUCGUGCUCUGCGUGCUCAAAAUGGCGGACCAACGGGACAAGCCAGGCCUCUUCGACUCGUGCCUGAUCGCGUUCGUCCAGAGCAAGUCGUUGUCGAGCUCGGUCAUCGCACAGCUCUCCCAGAUUGUCCGGGACCAUGGCGCCGAGGUCCUCGAGCCGGAUCGCAAAGGCAGGAUCCGCAUUCCGCAAGCCACCCACAUUGUGUCCAACACGAUCGAUUUCGACCAGUAUGCCGAGUCGCAGGCCAUGAUGAUUCCGGUCGUAAGAUCUGAGUGGAUCAAGGCGUCCAUCGCCCGCAACAAGGUGGCUCAGGUCCGCCCGUUCUCGCCGGAUCCGAGGAUGAUCUUCUCCAACGUCAUCCUCACCUGUGCCGACAUCCCAGAUGUCGACAAGGAAGCCAUUACCGGCGCGAUCAUGGCUCUCGGUGGGAUGGAGUCCAAGGAUCUGUCGCGGCAGACCACACAUAUCUGCGCCUUGUCGCUGGAUCACCCCAAGUGCAUCGAAGCCCAGAGGAAGAACCUGAAAUGCAAAAUCGUCCUUCCCCACUGGUUCGACGAUUGCUUCCGGUUGGGCAAGAGGAUUGAUGAGGGCCCUUACCUGCUGCCAGAUCCCGAGAUCCUCCGCAAGGCGCCAGAAGAGAUCGUCAAAGUUCCUUCGAGCCAGCAACUGGAGGGCGCCACAUCGACAGUCCCGAGCGGACCGUAUGAGACCCAAGGCAGCGAGAAACUGGUCGUCUUUGCCCAGAAAAAAGUCAUGCUCUCCUGGGACCUUCCCAUCAGUGCUAUGCUACGCAAGACUCUCGCGGACAAAAUCACGAAGGGCGAUGGAGAGGUUGUGGACGAGGUCGAAGCGUGUGAUAUGUUCAUUUGCCAGUACCGCGACGGUGAGCAGUACGUCCGCGCUGCCCAGCAGGGGAAGGAUGUGGGCACUUUGGCCUGGCUGUACCACUUGAUGGUGUACAACGAGUGGACAUCUCCCUUCCGCCGCCUCCUUCAUUACCCGCAACCGCGGCAUGGCAUUCCUGGUUUCAAGGAUAUGCGGAUCACGAUUUCCAAUUACGGAGGCGAAGCGAGGAUAUACCUCGAGAAUCUCAUCAAGGCGGCGGGUGCCACCUUCACCAAGACCAUGAAGGCCGAGAACACGCAUCUGAUCACAGCGCGCAUGCACAGCGAGAAGUGCGAGGCGGCCAAGGACUGGAAGAUCGAGAUCGUCAACCACCUCUGGAUCGAGGAGAGUUACGCUGCCUGUCAAGCCCUGCCUCUCAACAACCCCAAGUAUCGGCAUUUCCCGCCCCGGACGAAUUUAGGUGAGGUUAUUGGCCAGACAUUCCUGGACGAGCCCACGCUCCGAGAGAUGUACUAUCCGGGCGGGGAGGAAAACAUGGACGAGACAGCCAAGAAGAAGAGGAGGAUCAACGAACGAGCUCAGAAAAACGCGCUCAAGGUGGGCCUGGACCGAGAUUUUAGAGUUAUGGAGGACUCCAGCCCCGCGCCGACCAAGUCGACGACGAAACCCCGAGCUGCGCCAGCGGCUGGGAACUUUGUGACUCCCGCCAAGGGCCGCCAUGUCCGGUCUGGCAAGGAAAACGACACCCCCUCCGUCUUGUCUAGCGCCAGCCGCAGUGCCAAGGCGCAGGCGCUCUCCAAACUGCAGGACCUAGCUCCGGACAUUGCGCUGUACGAAAAGGAGAAAAAACGGUCUACGAAAGACGGCCAUGGCAUAUGGGGUGGCAAACGUGCGGCAGACCAGCUCGACAAGCAGCGUGCGGACAGAAGUUCAAGCCCGGCAAGCAAGGCAGCGGAGGACGAUAUCGACGACGAGCCGGAACACAAGCGGCCGGCCAAGAGGGCGAAGGUAUCCUUGCCAGAGGUCGACAUGCGCAUCUGCCUGACGGGGUACAAGAGAUGGGUCGGGGACAAGGCGACGGAGGAGGCCGACCGGAGAAAACUUCGCUUGCUCGGCAUACAGAUCGUGCAGGAGAACGCGCCGUUCGACUACCUCGCGGCGCCCGGCAUGAUCCGGACCAUGAAGUUCCUCAGGUGUCUCGCCAAAGGCCCGGAUGUGAUCGACUCGUCCUUCAUCACGGCUUGCAUCGAAACGGGCAAGAGACCCAACAUCAAGGACCACCUGCUCGUCGACAAAGCCAACGAGGCGAAGUUUGGCGUCAGCAUCGAGAAGGCGGUCAGCCGGGCGCGGGCCAACCGCGGCCGGCUGCUCUGGGGAGUGCCCGUGUACUGCACCGCCGAGAUCCCCAACGGGGUCGACGCCUUCAAGAACAUCGCCGAGGCGAACGGGGCCAUCUUCAAGGUCUACCGCGCCAGGAGCGGCACCACCAUCAAGCCGACGACCGAGGAGGAGGACGGCGGCGCCGACCCGGACCCAGUGUACCUGCUCACGGGGUCCUCGCCGGCCGAGAGGCAGCUGUGGCCGCGGUUCGAGGAAAUGGCGCGCAAGGGGCACAUGGAGCCGCGGAUUGUUGUGUCGGACUGGUUGCUGGACGUGGCCAUGCGGCAGGAGCUGAUGUUUGACCCCAAGUAUCUGAUGAGCAAUCGGCUAGCCGAGCAGCCGAAUAACCAUGUUGAGAAGUAGCCUGUUGGAGAGGUGGCUGUGCAGGUAGCCUGGCGUUGGGGGAGGGAUGGGAUUGCAUUAGCGUUGGAGAUUCUUCGCCGUUUUCGAGUCCUGUUUCGGCUACGCUUCAAGACUAGGAAGCUCGUUCACUCCAGCCACCGCUUCUCCUGCCUGUCCCGC